AUGAUAGGGUGGGAAGAUGUUUACAAGGUGGUUGUAGCUAUGGUGCCUCUUUAUGUUGCACUGGUGUUAGGGUAUGGUUCAGUGAAGUGGUGGGGGAUAUUUACCCCGGAGCAGUGCGAUGCUAUAAACCGCCUCGUCUGCUACUUCACUCUUCCACUUUUCACCAUAGAAUUCACUAGCCAUAUCGAUCCUUUCGAAAUGAAUUAUCGGUUUAUAGGAGCUGACACCGUAUCCAAGCUUGUCAUCGUGGUGGUUCUAGCCUUUUGGGCCAAGUUUAGUAGCAAAGGGAGCUAUUGCUGGUCCAUCACCAGCUUCUCUUUGUCGACUUUAACUAACGCUUUGGUCGUAGGGGUGCCCUUGAUGAAAGCCAUGUAUGGGCAAACAGGGGUGGAUCUUGUUGUCCAAUCAUCGGUUAUUCAAGGUAUCAUCUGGCUGACGUUUUUAUUGUUCGUGCUGGAGUUUCGGAGGUCGGGAGUGUCCAUUGCAGCAACAGAUGGUGAAGGACAGGAGAAGGAUGUAGAAGGGAACACAAAUGGCGAUGGUGAGUUGAGCAGCAGGCCUUCUUUCGCGUAUCUGAUGAAAGUUGUGGGGAUGAAACUAGCAAUGAAUCCUAACUCAUAUGCUUGUGUUAUUGGCCUUGCCUGGGCUUUUGUUUCAAACAGGUGGCAUUUUGAGAUGCCAAGCAUUAUAGAUGGAUCAAUAUUGAUUAUGUCAAAGGCUGGAACUGGCACUGCCAUGUUUAGUAUGGGAACAUUUAUGGCACUGCAAGAGAAAAUAAUAGCAUGUGGGACAAGUUUAACAAUAUUUGGGAUGGUAUUGAGGUUCAUUGCGGGACCAGCAGCAAUGGCUAUCGGCGCCAUUGUCGUCGGUUUGCAUGGUGAUGUCCUACGCGUCGCAAUCAUUCAGGCAGCAUUGCCACAAUCAAUUACCUCUUUCAUCUUUGCCAAGGAAUAUGGAAUGCAUGCUGAAGUUCUCAGUACAGCAGUUAUCUUUGGAACCAUCGUUUCCUUACCGGUGUUGGUAGCAUAUUAUGCAAUUUUAGAGUUUAUAAAUUAAUCUCCCAAAUGAUUGGGGAUGGAUUAAUGGGCUUU